UCGCGYGCCGUUCGAAUUCUUUAUCAACAAAAACACAUUUUAUKCUCUAUUUUAAUCUGUUUUUACACUUUUUACGUUUUAAUAUAAAGCUAGUGCUUCUUUAAUUCACUUUAUCUGAGAAUCAGUAUCCAAGACAAAGAUCAAAUCGGGUUUAUUCGAUKUUUUCUAUGAAUGUCGUCGUCGCUUGAAGACGUUUGUUGGAACURUAUUGAAGAGAACAAUUUCAGAAAAGCAAAACUAUUUUUACAAAAUGGAACCAAAGGAGACAAGAUUCUAGACUAUGGAAUAUCGAUUAUCCAUUUAUUAAGUGGAAGGGAAGACUGCAGYGAGUUGCUGGAGUUGUGCUUAAAGAAUGGGGCAUCACCUAAUGUACCRACCUGUGAAGGWAUCACUCCAGUUCACCUUGCUGCAAUUUGGGGGAUUUAUGAUAACUUAUGCAUUCUACUAAAAUACAAGGGUGACCCUCAAAUCACUGAUGCWGAUGGUCUAAAUGCUUUAGACUAUGCAUAUCAGUCUAGCGAAUCACAGGCAGAGCUUUGUGUCCAACAUUUAAGUAAAAUUAUUCURGGUGAUGGUUACUUGACAGAGAUAUCGUCAUUUGAUAACAGUCAACAAGACAGCUUUGAAGUAAAAGAUACCCAAAAGCUAUACCCGAGUAUUCAAGCAUGCUUGACAGAURACAGUCCYCAAGAUGAUACUCYUUAUACAAAAUUAAGAAAACUGCAAGACGAUGAUAAACACUUCAAAUUUAGUGCUUCUCCAACGAACGCUGAGAUGAACUCUACAUAUUCUAUUACUUAUGAUGAAUCUCCAACCACAAAAGAAACAGAGUUUACCAGAGAUUUUAUGACAGAAGAAGAGGAGUCCAGUUCUGAUACCCUUUCUUCCGGGACAACAAGCUUCUAUACAGCCUGCGAGGGUGACUUGACCUUUAGUGCAUUGGAUAAUACUGUAGUUACAUUUCCAAAACUCCACCCUUGGACAAUAGAUAAAUGCUAUGACGAUGGUCUUGACGAUACUGUCAUUGGUAACAUGGAAAAACUAAAUAUGGAUUGUUGUAGUGACAGCUUAAAUCAAGAACCAUCUUGCAUUGGCUGCAAUGAAAGUUUGUCAAAUCAGACAGUUAUGUACGACUGGAAAGAGUACAGUAUCCUUGAGACGACAGUCGGUGACACCUCACUUGUCAUACCUGACACAUUACUSAAUAUGAGUUGUCGACAAUUAAAAAAGGAGUUGGAAGAUUUAGGUGAAGAUCCUGGACCAGUGAGGGAAGACACAAAGCCAUUAUAUGUAAAAAGACUAGCAAGACUUCAAAAUGGAAUAGACACAAAACCAUCUGACAAGCUAAAGGAAUUUUUCCCAGAAGUCAGGGCUGUUAUUGAAGGAAGACUUCCAGCUGAAAUGGAUCCAGCAGAGGAGUCAAUGUGUGUUGAGUUCACUAAAAAAGACUUAAGAGACAAGUGGCGAGAAGGAACUGAAAAAUCAUCCUUUAACUAUUUACUACUUGACCCUCGUGUUACACAAAACCUUCCGUUGAGAAGUAAGAAUAUGCCAUAUGAAGACAUCUUCCACACAUUCGUUGCUGGUGUUUUUUAUGUGGGAAAAGGAAAAAGGUCAAGGCCAUAUGCUCAUCUCUAUGAAGCUGCCAAUCACUCCAAGGUGAGUCGCAAACUCCAACAAAUCCGAGCCAUAUGGUCGGCUGGUUUGGGCGUGGUAUCUCUUCAUUGUUUUCAAGGGGUUAUCCCCGUCGAAGCUUACACGCGUGAAGCAUGCAUGGUAGAUUCCCUCGGUCUUACCCGUCUGACUAAUAAAAAACGAGGUGACUACUAUGGAAGAGCGAAAUCAUGGUCUAUUAAAAAGAAAAGAGAGAUGGGCGUCUUUCUUCUCAAAAGAGCGUUACAGAUAUUUCUGCACGAAGGUGAGCGACAGAUUCGACCAGAGGACUUGAAGACAAAGUAGUUUUACAUUUUACAAAUUGCUCUAAAGUUACUGAAGGUAUAGAUACUAAAAGCUUGCAACACAUGAACCAUUUCCACUAAAUAGUGUGGAGUAAUCAACGAAUAAAAAUCAAUAGAAUUUAGUCGUAUUUAGUGGUAUUUGUGUUGCACACUUUUAGUGUUUCUAUUCUAACUUGUACAUAAUGUAUUUUAUCUAUCAGAGUAUACGGUUCUUAAAUAAUUUUUAAUAGUUUUAUAGUUGCCCUAUAAAAGACUAUAAAAAUAAUCGUCAUUAUUGAAAAUGCAAUCAUAUAGAAAAAUAAAAAAAUUAUUACUAGUAAUAGUUAGUUUUAGCUCUAAAAACAUCUUUCACCGUCUAUAUUUACUAUGACUACAUUUUCCUGUUUUUAUUAUWAUAACUGUUAUAGAAUUCAUGGUUAUUAGAAUCAAAUGAAUUAUGAGCGUUUUAUCAUUAUUAUCUGGGUCGGCCUUGUUGUGUAAAGUCGUUUCUAAAAGGUUGCCUUUGUAAAACUUACAUUGACAGUAGAAAUAAAGUCAUUUUAACGUA